CACAAUCCUUAUUCUGAUCCCCUCAAAUUUCUGCAUCCCUUUGCCUCCCCUGACAAGCCCCAACUGACAAAAUGGAGUUGAAGUGGCUGCACGUUGUGUGCGCUCUGUGUUUGAGUGUACUGAUUUCACCACAGGACAAUCAAGAUUUUACAUCAAAAACAUGACAAACUGGCUGCACAUUGACAAGCUUUGGGCAGCAGCCGGUUGCUGAACCCCAGGUUAUGUCUCAGAUAUUCGGGGGCCGGGUGGCUGCGAAGGGCGCGUGGCCUUGGCAGGUGAGCAUCCAGAGCAUGUCAACACACUUCUGUAGCGGGACCAUUCUAAACCACGUCUGGGUGCUCUCUGCCACACACUGCUUCAUAAGCAACCCAGGGAUCAAAAGAGUCCAUAUCCAUGUGGUGGCAGGGAUCGAUGUAUUGUCCGCUCCAGGAGUUCAUGCCCAGAUCCGCUCCAUCCUCAAAGUCAAACUGCACGAGCGCUACAACAACGUCAGGCACAACAACGACGUGGCACUGGUGCUGCUCAGCUCUCCCUUCCACUUCAGCGACCAUGUCCAACCCGCCUGGGUUCCUCAUAAUCUGACCCACGAGUUGGCCCUUGACUUCAGUCACUGUUUCAUCUCGGGAUGGGGGAGGACGUCUUACAUAGGCAGUGGGUCGAACAGACUGCAGGAAGCCGAGGUGAAGCUCAUCGACAGGAGAACAUGUAACCAGACCACCUGGUACCGAGGCCUCAUCACCGACAACAUGCUCUGUGCCGGCCUGGAGAGCGGGGAGGCUGAUUCUUGUCAGGUGCUGAUUCCGUCUACAUUAAUAUCACGCGUUAUAAAGUCGGCACAGGCUGCAGGUUACAUUGCAAUUCAACAUGGCCGCCGCUCCCGUCUGCUCCAGGGGGACAGCGGAGGCCCUCUGCAGUGCUACAGCGAGGACGAGGAGAGGUUUUACGUGGUCGGAGUGACGAGCUUCGGGGAAAAGUGCGGUAUUCGUCGUAGGCCGGGGGUGUACACCCGGACCAGCAGGUUUUCAGACUGGCUGAAGACAGGACAAGUUGCUGCUGCUGCCGCUCCCAGACUGAACACGAGGCCGAUCUCAGCUCUGCUCGGCUCGUCUCUGAUGCUGCUGUGGAACAUUCUGACUGACUGUGGAACAAAUCACUGAGACCGUGUGGAAAGGUUUAUCUUCACGUGCAUCGUGUGCAUGAAAACUCCAUUAACUCAUUGUGAUAUUUAAUACAGAAUCUAUUUUGGUGUGUUUUAUUUUUAAAAUCAUCACCACCCGUCUGUUAUCCUUCCUGGUUCCUCAAUGGUGGAAGGAGCUCCCUGUUGACAUCAGGACAGCAGACUGAGAACUCACCUGUUCACACUGCACCUUACUCCCUCAAUUUUUAAUAUAUGUUUUAAAAUAAUAAUCUAAAUGAGCAUUUGAAGCUGUUCUUGCCUAUUUGACAGUGGUGGACAUCCACAACUCCGUUACUUGAGUACAAGUAUAGAUAAUAUACUGGUCAAAUGUUACUCCAAUAAAAGUGAAAGUUGCGGCGUCAAAUUAUAACUUGAGUUAAAGUACAGUACUUGCUUUAAAAAAACCACUGAGUAUUCAGAGUACUUUCUUCAUCUCAACGCAUUGUGCACUGUACUUCCUGUACGUACC